UCGCUGCGGUGUGCGGCAGUGUGGCACCGCCAUGGCAGGGGCAGGAGGUCGCAUCUUCAUCCAGAGCGACUGGGCGAGGGCCUUGUGGGAGAAUGAGAGGGAAGCCUGGGUUUCCUGUAAAAUUCCGGGAGCAACCACUUUAUAUGGCUCCAUUAAGUGCCAAGGGCUUGGCAAGGAUGGCAUUCCUGUCGUCACCGCUUCAGAGGGAUUUGACGUAACUGAAGUUACAAAGAAAAGCAUUUUAAUUUCCUGCCCAGAUGGAAAUGCAGCCUCGAAAUUUCUUGUGCCUUAUGCAAUAUUCUCUAGAAUACACACCAAAAGUAUAACCAGCAUGGAUAUAUCUAGUGGUGGUGGACUGGGGGUAUCUUGCAGCACAGAUGGAACAAUGAGAGUCUGGCAGGCCAACACUGGAGAAUUGAGGAGAGAACUGGUUGGCCAUGUGUACGACGUGAAUACUUGUAGAUUUUUUCCAUCUGGCAUUGUCGUUCUAAGUGGAGGAAUGGAUGCUCAGUUAAAGAUCUGGUCCGUUGAAGAUGGAAAUUGUUCUGUAACUUUAAAUGGACACAAAGGAGGUAUUCUCGAUACAGCAAUUGUAGAGCGUGGAAGAAAUAUCAUCUCAAGCUCAAGAGAUGGAACAGCAAGAUUGUGGGACUGCGGCAUGUCCACUUGUCUUGCAGUUUUAGCAGAUUGUGGGACUCCAAUUAAUGGAAUUUCAAUUGGUGAAGCUCAAAACACAUUGAAUUUGGGUUCUCCUCAGCAUCAACCAAGUGAACGUGAAAUAGCGACUGAGGGAAAAUUAUUAUUGCUAGCUCGUGAAGAUAAAAAACUGCAAGGAAUCGGACUGCUUAGCAGGGAACCAAUUUUUAUGUUUGAGGGAUCCGAUGCCUUCAACUGUUGUACUUUCUUUUCAAGUACGUAUGUCCUUGCGGGAACACAAGAUGGUAACAUUUAUCAGCUGGAUGUUCGAAACACACAAACUCCCAUACAGAUUAUCCAUCGAUCGGGGGCUCCUGUGCUUUCGUUGUUGCCCUCUAGAGAGGGCUUUACGGCUAGUCACAGUGAUGGAAGUUGUUAUAUUAUUCAACAGGAUCAGGAUUAUGUCGUUGAUUUUUCAGGGCCUGAUUGUGACCCUAUUUAUAAGGUCAUUGCAAAGGAAAAGUUUGUCUACACAUGCUCCAGGGAUAGCGUUGUUCGGAAGUAUCAACUAUUGAAUUUCUGAAAACUUUAUGCAUUGUUCAUGGGAUCUCACUAAACCUUGCAUUUUCCCUAUAAGUACAGAACAUUAAAAAAAAAUCUGAGUGUAUUCAGAGACUAGAGCAUAAUGUAAUAUCUGUGAAUUGUUGUGUAUCAUUUGCAUCAGCAAACAGAAGAUGAAUUACACACAAUAAAAGGAGCAACUGCUUUGUGAUAAUUA